ACGUAUAUAAAUCGAAGACAUUUUAUUCGAGUUUUAUCAGUGAGCUGACAAAUUUUGUUAAAUUAUCUUUACUUGGCAGAAAAAAUGUUCCACAAACUUUUCGCUUUGUUUUUAAUCGGGUUCUUCGUUGCCGAGAGCGUAAAUGGGGCACCGGGCGUGAAAAAUUUGAUUUCCGAAUAUGAGGCCAAAAUCAAGUCCGCUACACCAGCAGCACCAGUAGAAGCACCAGUAGAAGCACCAAUCGUGCCGGCACCACAAUUUCCUCUAGAUCCAUCUGAGCAUACAAUCGAUCAAAAAAUGAACAUAUUCGGAGGUAGCAUCAAAUUGAAGAAACAACCUUUAAAAGUCGCUGAACCACAAACAUCUGUGGAAUCACCAGAGCCAGCCGAUCUUCCAAUUGGUGAAAAGAUGAAGAAAUUUGGAGGCAGUUUCAAUGAGAACAAACAACACGCUGAUCAUAAGCCCACCGGACAUGGAAAACACUAGUGAAUAAAUGUCACAGUCACGUCCAUUCAUCGCAAGAAUAAUAUAUUCCAUUUUGUAAAAUAUUUUUUACAUUCUCUUUAGUUUGAUGGGAAAAAAUUAAUAAAUUAAAUACGCGUAUAUUUUAAUUAUUCAAUUUUA